AUGGCUCCAAGAAACAAUUCCAACAGCGCGAGUACUUCACAGGCUUCUAUUGGCGAUUCCAGGAAAAUUGAGGGUAAGCGUCUCUUCUACUUAACCUAUGGAACCGGUAUAAGAGAGAGGGCCCGAGAAUGGAUUCAAGUGAUCCAGGAAACCGCUAGACGAAGAGAAUUGAACAAUGAGGAGAUCAUAGAACUCACCGAUAACAAUAGCGAUGAAACCUUUCGUCAAAUGUUCCGAAAAUAUCGAGCCGAAACGACGUUUGACCUUGGCGAUUUCGUACAAUGGUUCAAAAUAAUGAAUAACGUCGAGGAAAGAAGUAUUUCUCCGUACUCCCGUCUCCUAAAAGUGUUACAGGAAGUACCGAAAGGAACAUUUCAAUCAACAUGCGAAGUGUGGUUAAAAAUGGGUGCCGGUAUUUACGGGCUGAAUGAAAAUUUGACUUUGACACGUUUGGUCCAACGAAUAUUCAUGAGUACUAUCAAGAACCCGCAGCUCAAAACGGCUCUUCAUGCGUUACCACCACCAGACUCCGUUAAUGAAUUGGUCAGCGAGGCAAUAGCUUUCGUUAGGCGGAAUAGGAUUCCCAUGGCGGAAUUAGACAAGGACGCAGAGGAGGUUUGGCCCAAAUUACAGCCACCACCUGAAAGUCGCCCUGCGACAACAGAAAAUCGGCCUGCGCCAACGGAAGACCGAGGACGUAAAAGAAAUCGGGAAAAACGUUUCUUUCCUAGUAAGAACAAAAGAGGUUUUGAAAGGAAACAAGAAAACAAGUCGCUGUAUAACCAGAAAGCUAGUAACCGGAACACCUAUUAUCAAAAGAACGGACCUCCAGAAAAAAGAAUAAAGCUGGAAGGAUAUCACUGA